AUGUGGAUGACCUAUGGAAUGAUAAGAGGUGUGAAUGUGGAUGACCUAUGUCGAAUGUGGAUGACCUAUGGAAUGAUCAGAGGUGUGAAUGUGGAUGACCUAUGUCGAAUGUGGAUGACCUAUGGAAUGAUCAGAGGUGUGAAUGUGGAUGACCUAUGGAAUGAUCAGAGAAUUAGAGAUCUAAGUGCCCAGAGAGAUCUAAGUGUUCAUAGAGAUCUAAGUGUACCAAGAGAUCUAAGUGCCCAGAGAGAUCUAAGUGCCCAGAGAGAUCUAAGUGCCCAGAGAGAUCUAAGUGUACCAAGAGAUCUAAGUGCCCAGAGAGAUCUAAGUGCCCAGAGAGAUCUAAGUGUACCAAGAGAUCUAAGUGCCCAGAGAGAUCUAAGUGUACCAAGAGAUCUAAUUGCCCAGAGAGAUCUAAGUGCCCAGAGAGAUCUAAGUGUACCAAGAGAUCUAAGUGCCCAGAGAGAUCUAAGUGCCCAGAGAGAUCUAAGUGCCCAAAGAGAUCUAAGUGCCCAGAGAGAUCUAAGUGCCCAGAGAGAUCUAAGUGUACCAAGAGAUCUAAGUGCCCAGAGAGAUCUAAGUGCCCAGAGAGAUCUAAGUGCCCAGAGAGAUCUAAGUGCCGAGAGAGAUCUAAGUGUACCAAGAGAUCUAAGUGCCCAGAGAGAUCUAAGUGUACCAAGAGAUCUAAGUGCCCAGAGAGAUCUAAUUGCCCCGAGAGAUCUAAGUGUACCAAUAGAUCUAAGUGCCCUGAGAGAUCUAAGUGCCCAGAGAAAUCUAAGUGUACCAAGAGAUCUAAGUGCCCAGAGAGCUCUAAGUGCCCAGAGAGAUUUAAGUGCCCAGAGAGAUCUAAGUGUACCAAGAGACCUGAGUGCCCAGAGAGAUCUAAGUGCCCAGAGAGAUCUAAGUGAUCAGAAAGAUCUAAGUAGAGAUCUAAGUGCCCAGAGAGAUCUAAGUGUUCAUAGAGAUCUAAGUGUACCAAGAGAUCUAAGUGCCCAGAGAGAUCUAAGUGCCCAGAGAGAUCUAUGUGCCCAGAGAGAUCUAAGUGCCCAGAGAGAUCUAAGUGUACCAAGAGAUCUAAGUGCCCAGAGAGAUCUAAGUGCCCAGAGAGAUCUAAGUGUACCAAGAGAUCUAAGUGCCCAGAGAGAUCUAAGUGUACCAAGAGAUCUAAUUGCCCAGAGAGAUCUAAGUGCCCAGAGAGAUCUAAGUGCCCAGAGAGAUCUAAGUGUACCAAGAGAUCUAAGUGCCCAGAGAGAUCUAAGUGCCCAGAGAGAUCUAAGUGCCCAGAGAGAUCUAAGUGCCCAGAGAGAUCUAAGUGUACCAAGAGAUCUAAGUGCCCAGAGAGAUCUAAGUGCCCAGAGAGAUCUAAGUGCCCAGAGAGAUCUAAGGGCCCAGAGAGAUCUAAGUGCCCAGAGAGAUCUAAGUGUACCAAUAGAUCUAAGUGCCCAGAGAGAUCUAAGUGCCCAGAGAAAUCUAAGUGUACCAAGAGAUCUAAGUGUCCAGAGAGAUCUAAGUGCCCAGAGAGAUCUUAGUGCCCAGAGAGAUCUAAGUGAUCAGAAAGAUCUAAGUGUACCAAGAGACCUAAGUGCCAUGAGAGAUCUUCUAAAACAUAUUUCCUUAUGA